AUGCCAGGUGCUAUUGCCCUAGGCGGGAUAUUUCUCGUCACUGUCAUUGAGAUGGUGUUUAGUCCCGCUCAAAAAUAUUUGCCGUGGUGGCAAACCUCACGAGACAUGGCGAGAGCCUCCCUUUCAUCACCAGGGAACACAAUUCGCGAACACAACGAAGGAGUGGGAGAUUGUCAAUCAGCUUCAGUCUCAGACUUUGAAUUCGCUUGGGCUAGAAGCAAGACCUCAUUUGCGAGAUACGGGUCCACUGAUUGGAAGAUCAACAAGGCUAUCAAUUGCAUGGGCGAAGGCUCCGAAGAGAUCGGUCGAGUUGCAUCUGCUCCGGAGAUCCGAACCCAUCAUGGAGAGGAAAAUGGAUCAAUCCAGAUGCUGAACGCCGCGAAAAACAGUUAG